UCCGGGGCCGCCAGCCAAUCCGGCCAGGGGUCGCGAUUUUCCGGAGGGGGUGCGACCGGCCCCAGCAGACGGCAGAGGCACCGGACAGCCGCAAGCACAACCGAUCCAGUGGCCCGCCCACGAGGAGCUGCCUCUUCGGUUUAUGUCGGAAGUCCGAGCGCAGAAGCCCCCCCCGGGGAAAUGGUGGACGCCGCCCUUCGACCCGCGAUUCCCCAACCAGAACCAGACCCGUAACUGCUACCAGAACUUCCUGGACUACCACCGCUGCCAGAAGACCAUGAAGCGCCGCGGGAAGAGCGCGCAGCCCUGCGAGUACUAUUUCCGCGUGUACCACUCACUGUGCCCCAUCAGCUGGGUGCAGCGCUGGAACGACCAGAUCAAAGAAGGCACCUUCGCCGGCAAAAUCUAACCGUUGGAGCGCUGCUUCCUCCAGGGGAUCGCCCCCGUAGCCCCGCAUCUUCUCGUCUUGCGGAGACCUGGGCUCGGUUACCCACCCCACCCCGAUCUCUAAGCCGUAAAUAAAGUUAUGUUGUUGCUGA